AUGUCUUUUAAGAAUCUGAAAGUCGAACGCGUCGAGGGUGAGCUAGCGGCUGCAUUAACAAAUUGGUAUCCAUUUCACAAGCGCGGCUUUAUUAAAGUCGGUCAGAAAAAAUGGUUCCUACCAUACAGAUAUGCCGAGGAUGGUGGUGCUAUAUACGAAUUCAAAAUUCGUCCGGACGAUACAUGGAUCGUCACCUACCCUAGAUCAGCUUCUAUUUGCAAGCAAAUGCGAAAAACCAAACGUAAUCAUUUUUUAUCUCAGAUUAUCUAUGUUGCAAGAAAUCCAAGAGACGUGGUGGUUUCGUGGUAUCAUUUCCAAAAAUCAAAUACUGCACAUCUCGGUUUUCAGGGAACUUUCGAACAAUUCUGCAAUAAUUUCAUGAAUAAUCACACGUGGUAUAGUCCAUAUUGGGAACAUGUAAAGGAAGCUUGGGCGAUGAAACACAAAAAAAACAUGAUGUUUCUUUUUUACGAAGAUCUAAUAAAGGAUUUACCUGGCAACAUAAGAAAAAUCGCUGCAUUCUUCGAGAAGUCUUACAGCGAUGAACAGAUCGCCACGUUAGUGGAGCAUUUGAAAAUAGAAAAUUUUCGCAAAAAUCCUAUGGUAAGUCAGCCGGCUUCCACCAACGUGAUACGACCGGAAAUGUUUAUACGACAAGGAAUGAUAGGUCGUUGGAAAGAAAUGUUCACACCGGAGAUUGAAGAGAGAUUUAACAAGUGGAUCACUGAUAAUUUAAAAGAUACGGAUUUGACAUUUCCAAGUUAGAUUCGUUAUACGAAAACUAUAUAAACAAUUGUUAUAUAAACAAUUGUAAUUUAUAAAAGAUUAAGAUUUAGUUUGUUCAAAUUAGAGAUUUGUUACACAAUAUAUAAGCAAUUAUUGUAAUUUGUAUUCGAUAAUUUCUAUUUAAUUUAAAGAAAGAUUACCAAUAAAUGAUUUCUAAGAAAGGAA